CUGGCAAACUGUCAAACCGAUCAGCUGAUUUAAUUGCGUCAUCAAUUUUGACAGCCAGGUGCGCAAGACGCAGAAAUUUUCUCUUUCUUAUUUUGUCAGUAUUUUUGCGGAAAGUUUUUUUGGAAGAAAAAGCGCUAUGUCUAGUAGGAAAAAUCUGUAUGAAGUGCUUGGAGUGAAAGAAACGGCAUCUCAGACGGAGAUUAAGAAGGCUUUUAAGGAUCUGACAAAGAAGCACCGCCAGGCCACAAGUCCAGAAGCCAAGGAGCGCUACAGAGACAUCCAGCAUGCUUAUGAAAUUCUCAGUGUACCCAGCAAGCGGGAGUGGUACGAUGAAUUUGGCCAGGAGGAAGAAGAGGAAGUAGAUGAUGGGGUCGAGAGGGAGACGACUGAUUCUGAUCCGGAUCAGGAUUUUCACAAUAUCUUCGGGAAUAUGUCCAUUUUCUCACAGCUCAACAGUCAGGGAAGAUUGGCCAAGUGUGAGCCUCUUCUGACACGCGUAGAGGUAAGUCUGGAGGAUCUGUACAAUGGCAAUACAACAAAGAGUGCUCAUGUGAGGCGAGAGGUUAUCUGUGGGGAGUGCUCAGGGGAGGGAGCAAAGGUGGGCAGUAAAAUUCAGAAGUGUGACACCUGCAAGGGUUCCGGAAUUGAAUUCAAGCACCAGCAGAUGGGUUUCUUCAUCAAUCGCGUGUCCAUGGCUUGCUCAACGUGCAGCGGACGGGGGAAGGUGUUCAGUGAUGAGGACAAGUGCGUCAAGUGCAGCGGAAGUCGCACAAUCACCGAAGAUAAGACCGUGGAAGUGAGCAUUGAGCCAGGAAUGCGCAAUAUGCAGAAGAUUGAAUUUACUGGCGAAGGGAAUCACUUGCCUGGCCAUCUGGCUGGGGAUCUUGUGGCUGUGCUGGACUACGUGGAGCACGAGGACUUUCAGCGGGCGCAGGACAAUCUCCUGAUGCACAAGACAAUCAGUCUGGUGGAGGCUCUCUGUGGCUAUCGUGUCCUGAUCAAACAUCUGGACGGACGACAGCUGUAUAUUCACAAUAAUCCUGGAGAAGUCAUCAAAUCUGGCUCCCAUUUGGUGGUGAAGAACGAAGGGAUGCCCCGCCUGGGUCGUCCAUUUGAGAAGGGUGAUCUCCUCAUUCGCUUCUCUGUUGAAUAUCCAGAGAACUCCAGUCUGUCCAGUGACAGUAUCGAUGCUCUCAAGCGUAUCCUUCCAUCAGUUCCAGAUUUCGUGAUGCCUCAAGGUGAAAAUGUUGAAGAGGUCAAUAUGUAUGACCUGGAAGACAUGAACUUCGCCGGGAGUAAUCCAUUCCAGAAGUUCGGUGACCAAGAGGACGAAGAUGAUGAGGCUUUUGGUGGUGGUGCAACUGGUAUUCAAUGCCAAACUCAGUAAACUUCGAAGACUCUCCCCAAAUGUUAUAGGUUUUUUUUUUAAUUAAUUAAUUAACUAUAUAGAGAAAUUUCCCGGUAUUUUCUUGUCUUUUUAUUUACUGACGAUAGGUUCACGGAGGCAUUCUUUCCUUUUACAUUUACUGGCGAACAGAAGAAAAGUGAAGAAGAGAGCGAUGUAAAAAUAUGAAAAAAUAAACAAAUUUGCAUGAGCGAUCCGAAU